AUUUUCCUCCAAUGGGUUUUGAAAAGGAGGUGAGGAGAGAGGACGCGAGCAAAUGCAUUUGAGAUUCUCCCCCAGACACGCAAGUAAAACGGAAACAUCCGAACGGUGUAUUCAUUUUUACAUGCGUUUAAAUAGCCUACUAACGACGUCUUUUAUCAUCUUUACAACUCAUUCAUCAUUGACUGUAACUCAAGAAAUGCCACAGGCACUGAUGUGUGGAGACAUCUCACUGCAGCUAAUAUAGAAGGAAAGCUGUGUACAUUUGCAAAUGCUGUGUGAAAUCAUAUGUGAAGAAUGCAAGAAAGAUGCAGAAUCAUCUGGCCAAGUGCAUAAAGUUCCCCCAGUGCUCACAACAAGCAACCUCUGACAAAGUCCCUCUACUUCUAUUCAAGAUGUUUGGCUUCCACAAGCCCAAGAUGUACCGGAGCCUAGACGGUUGCUGUAUCUGUCGGGCCAAAUCCUCCAGCUCCCGCUUCACCGACAGCAAGCGCUAUGAGAGGGACUUUCACAGCUGCUUUGGGCUGAGUGAGGUGCGUUUUGGGGAGAUCUGUAAUGCCUGUGUUCUCCUGGUGAAAAGGUGGAAUAAACUACCAGCUGGCUCCAUAAAGAACUGGAAUCAUGUUGUUGAUGCUAAAGGUUCUGGGUCAAGCUGGAAGAUGACAGUGAGGUCCAAGAAGAUGAAGAGGCGAGCCAGGCCAAGUCAGAUCAGCCGAGUGCAGAAGGAGCUCAAGAGACGCAGUAAGCAGAUGAUACUCUGUGCUCGGCUAUGCUGCCUUGUGCAGUGUAAACUUUGGGGUUUCAAAAACUCUGACGCCCACAGCACCACCUCCAGUGCCUCCCCUGCCCAUUCUCCCAGCUACAGCAACCAAUCAGACGAGGGCUCGGACAUGGAACUCUCACCUGGUGCCACCCACUCGCCAGUCUUCUCUUUCCUGGACCUCACCUACUGGAAAAGGCAGAAGGUGUGCUGUGGCAUCAUCUACAAGGGACGCUUCGGAGAGGUACUCUUAGACCCCCACCUCUAUAAGCCCUGCUGCCAGAAGAAACAACAGCAUGAGCCAGAGGAGCAAGCACAGGCGAGCAGAGCGAACGUAAUGAGCCCCACACCACCAAACAUCCCACUCACUCCCCCAGGUCAAAGAUGAGGGGCGGAGGAACAGUGGGGAUUUGAUGUCAUAACGUCUCACAGACACUCUACAGAAGUCAGGUGGAGACCAUUGGGAUUUUAUGCCGUUCUGGAGCGCUCGCAAGACAGUCUUCUGGGAUUGCUUUCUAUUCACGGGCAGCUGGACUACUUCUAAAAUGUUGCGUUCUGUACCAGGAGGGCAAGGUUUGUUUAUUUUAUAUCUGUUAACAAUGAUGGACUCUUGCCCCCCCCCCUUCUCUCUGAGUGCUAUGAGAUUGUGAAUAUUCACAAUUUGUUUUCAAUAUAAAAUGCUGGAUCCACUAAAGCUGUAUGAGAGAUGGAGACCUCUGGAACUGUACCUUUUUGUAGUAGGAUAGAGCCAUAUCCAUUAGGAUAGAGAACAGCCUUCUACACUCUGCCUUCUCCUGUCCUGUACCCCAUACACACACUGGGUCUGGUCACUUUCUGAAAGGAUUUAUUCUCUUCUUUUUUUUAGCUUGUCCUUCCCUUAAUCAACAUGGUCAUUGAUCAGACUCCUAAUAAAGGGUAAAGCUGUAGAAAUUUGGCAAAAUCAAUUUGUCAGAGUUGUGGGAAGCAAUUCAGCUUUUUUUUGUUGUGUUUUAAAAAAAAUCUGACCAGAGCCUUAUUCUUCGAGGUUUCUUUGUUAAAGGGACACGUCUACACAACCAAUGUCAUAUCCAGCCUUGAUUGUGCACCGGGUGUACUCUCUGAUAUAUUAAUACUAUACUCUUUCCAGUGCACAUUUUAACAUUUGAUAUUGUAAUAUGUAAGGCCAGUGAUAUUGUUCCGUGUCUUUGGAUGUACAUACAAAGCACAUUCAAACGUUUGAGGGAGCCUAUAGUGUGCCCUAUAGCGCUCUCGAUCGCCAGUCCUCACCUGAACCAAUAUAAGCUAAAAACCCACAAACUGACCUUGGAGCAGCACUUUUUGAGCACUUCCUAUCUCAGUCUACAGACCAGUUCCAUUUAGUUUCCUAGCCCCUUAGAGCAUAUCUGAAGGUGACGGUAUAGUGGACACUUAUUUAUUCCUUUUUAGUUCUUUGAACACACACAGGGUUCCGGGAAGGGGCUAUGGUGCUAAAUGGAACGAGGCCUAUGGAUCCUCUUAUGAUGUCAAGAAAAGACUGGCGAGUGGGCCAACCAAAAAGCUUCCCUGGUUUUCUCCUAUUGAGAAUUUUGAUGCCCUUUUAAUUGUGCUUUAAGUUUGAUGCCUUUCCAGAACUUUUUGAGUCCUGCACGAUUCGGUUGUACAAAUCCGUCUACAUCUUUUGUAAGAUGUUAGUGGUGAGAUAACAACACUAUUUUCGUCUGCCACUUGGCCUCUGGCGCAAAUACUGUACAGUUCUGAAUAUUUUUUUGUAUAUAAGGGGGGCUACAAUGUAAUGAAUAGAUCGCAAAAAUGUUCUUCUUAGUAUUGUUAUAUAUGUCCCAUGACUGUCAUGGAUCUUGAGGGUGGUUCUAUACAAUUGACAGUACAUGCCGUUAACCGAGAAAGCCCCUCCAACAUCCCUCAUGUAGGCUACUUUUGUCGUCACUUAUUUCAAGAAAUGUUUUCAAAUUCUGUACCUCCUGCCCUAUCCACUACUGUUCGUGUAAUUUAAAUAUUCUUAAACCAUGGUAAUAUUUUCUGAAACAGACAUUUAAUUUCUAAGCGUUUUAUUCUCCAUGUCAGUGAAAUAGACUAGAGCCUGUAUCAACAUUGCAUACUGGGGGGGUAUUGUAGAGCUCUGGUCAUGUAUUUGUUCUGCUAGUAUCUAGAUGUGAAAGCUCACAUGCCAAAUUAACACAUACUCAUUAUUGUGUGAACUCAUGUUCAAUUUACCAUAUUUUAUUCUCUGCAUCUGGUUAAUAUUAUCACUGAGUGUACAAAACACUUCCUCUUUCCAUGACAGACAGACCAGGUGAAAACUAUAAUCUCUUAUUGUCCCCUGUUAAGUACACUUCAAUCAAUGUAGAUGAAGGGGAAACGGGUUUAAAUAAGGAUUUUUAAUCCUCGAGACAAUUGAAAUAUAGAUUGGGUGUGUGUGCCAUUCAGGGGGUGAAUGGGCGAGACAAAAGAUUAGUUUCUUUGAAUGGGGUAUGGUAGUAGGUGCCAGGUGCUCUGGUUUGUGUCAAGAACUGCAACGCUGCUGGGGUUUUCAUGCUCAACAGUUUCCCGUGUGUAUCAAGAAUAGUCCACCAACUGAAGGACAUCCAGCCAACUUGAAACAACUAUGGGAACUAUUGGAGUCAACAUGGGCCGGCAUCCCUGUGGAAAGCUUUUGACUCCUUGUAUAGUCCAUUCCCUGACUAAUUGAGGCUGUUCUGAGGGCAAAAGGAGGUGCAACUCAAUAUUAGGAAGGUGUUCCUAAUGUUUUGUACUCUGUAUGAUGGCAGCUAUUUCAACAUACAGAUGGUCACCAUGGUUUGAUCAAAGCUUUACUACAGAACCCUGUUUAAUGUAUUUAUGUAUAAAGGCAUCAGACAUGGACUAAUAUACUGAUAUAAAAAAUGAUGUUCCUUUAGAUUCCUCUAAUCUUCAGGUUUGAUUGAAUGUUAGGGAAAGUGGUCAUUCCUCUGUUUAAUUUAUUUGUAUUGUUUUUUGGGGGUUAUUGUUGACUAUUUUAUAACUUUCUCCUGUAACUGCCAUAACCUUUGUUCUAUUAAAGUAGAGGGCCAAUAUUCAAUUCACAUUAUGUAAAAUGUUGCCAUAUACUGUGAUAUGGAUUGUAUCAAAACUAUACUAUUAUUCAUAGAUUAUGUUUGUAACCAAACUGUGUAAUUCUCCUGAGAUCUCCUAUACGGCUGUAAAAUGUGCUUAUUUUAUGUGGUAGUGCUACUCGCAUGUGGUAGAUAUGCACUGUUAUUUGACUUGGAAAGUCCCAAUUAUUUCUCCAAACACAUUUUGUAUUUUUUUAUACACAUUUGAAUUUAAACUUGUUCAUUAAAUGUAGUUUGUCUAGUUUGGGUAUCAGUCCCAUUUUUCUCAAUCUCUGGAAUAUGCCUCAUUGUUUUGAAAUAAAUGUGUCUUUACACACAAGCCAUGAA